AAAAGGUAUUCGGUAGGAACUGAACCUGUGAGAGAAGCGGCGAAAUUCUGGGUGUCUUUCUAUGAGCAAGCUGCUCAAAUUCGUAUCCCAACUUACGAAGAUUAUGAGACUGUACAUGAAGAGGGAUCGUCGCAGCAGAAAGAAUCCGAGCCAUCGGAACCUAGUCCAUCACAGGCUGCAACAAGUUCGAUUUUAUACGAUGAGCAGGAUGACAGUGGUCACAAUCUAGCUUCCGCCGAGAGUUCCUUCGCUCCAGGUCAAGCAGCCUUCUCUUCGACACCUGCUGCCAAUCGACUCGCGCAUGCUGAAUCCGAUGAUUCGUCCUGGUCUGCAUCUUUAGAAUCUCCGCUCGUCAGACUUGACAGAGAACUCAGAACCUUCUCCCAAGACGCCAACGAGACUGAGUCUAGCAUCGUAUCUAGUACGCCUACGCCUACGAAACCA